AGCGUUCCCAGCUUGUCCCUCCACCAGCGGCGCAUUCGUGGCCUGUUUCGGACUUACUUUUGACCGCAGUCCUCCCUCUUUCUGCUCUUAGACCAAACCAAAGAGUACCAGUCGCCCGACGGCGGCCCUGCAUCCAAGGAUCGUCGCGCCCAAUCACCGCACAGCGCCGAAGCUAACGUCCACCAUGGACAGAGCGCACGAGAGCUUCUUGCCGUAUUCGUGGCACCAGUCUCACGACCAAGCUACAGUAUUGCUUUAUGUACCAUAUGAAACAGAGGGGGAUGAUGUCGAGGUGAAAUUCGAACGUAAUUACCUCGUCGCAGGAGUGAAGAGACAGCCAGCUGUGGUCAAGGGUCGCCUAUACGGCUCAAUAGAUGUAGCGCACUCAUCGUGGCAACUUGAACCCCGAGCAUCGUCGCGGCUCUCAGCCAGAGAGCGAACAACGUCUACCACGUCGACUACCUCCACUCAAUCAUCCUUCGCUUUGAUAUCCGAACCAGAAAUAUCGAGCAGCUUUGCAGCAUCGUUGGAGGAAGGCUUUCUGUCGGAUCUGGAAGACACAUUAUCGUCACCAGCGCUGUCUUCUCCUGUCUCACUCUCCAGUGCAGAAGAAGCUACUGGGUUUCCAUUACGUUCGCCGCCGCCGAGGCGUCGGAGUCAUUUCACUACGUCGCAUCCCGUAUCUCCUCGGAUGCCCAGCAAUCGGGCGUCCAGUAUGGUAUCGUCAGCGUCUUCCGUGGAAUCGCUUCGCAGCGGCGCUAGCCGUCUGUUGACGAUUCACCUCGAAAAAGCAGACUCCAUGAUCUGGCCUUCUCUGGUAAUAGGCCCAGUCUCAGAGGCCAUAUCACCUCCUGACACCUCUCGUUAUCCCUGGGCUCCGUCCGGCCCCACAGAAGCAUGUUUCAAUAUGGACCCGACAAGUCUCGUUCUGUUAGGACUCGAUCACUUCGACAUAAGAGAAGACAGGGAGGAAGCGUUCGAGUACUUUGUACGAGCUUGGCACCAGACUCAUAUCUCUUCAGCAACUAUCCGCCUCGCCACACACUACCUUCCACCGCACGCCGUUCCCCCGGAGCAGCUACAUACGCCGAGGGAUGCUCUGUCCACGCCUACAAGUUCUUCUGGCACCCAUCCACCGUCUCCAGAUACGACUCCGGUUGCGUCUGCUGCCUCGGUAUCUUACACCGAGCAAACUAUCUCUGCCUUCCGGGGAACAUUACCGUACUAUCUCGAGCGUAUUGGCGGUAGCGAGAAGCUUGCGCAGCUUUAUCUCGAAGCCGGACUUCUACACCUGGAGGGCUCGGCCUCGGGCUUGCUCAGCUCCUCUUAUGCCGGCCUGUCAUCGCUUCGCACGCCUACCCUGACGACCCACCCGGCGCUCCAUGUCGCUUCGCAUGCUGGCAUGCACCAUGAUGGCCCAGAAGCCUGGAGCCAGGACCAAGCGCAUGCCCGCCGACUCUUCAACCGUGCACGGGAGCUAAACCCAGCUCUGGACGUCCCGCUCCUGCCGACUUCGAACCCAAGCUCUGAACCUGACUCAGGGGACAACGUCAGCCCCGUGUUUGACGACACUCUGAAGCUAAAGAUGCCUGCGGUGAACGUGCAGGGCAGCUCGGACGAGAAACCGCGCCGGCGCCGGAAAAGAGAGGCGGAGGACCCGCUGGCUGCAAGCAUUACUUCCAAGUCAGCGAUGGAAGAUCCACUGGACAGGCAGGGGGAGGACAAUACGUGGUACUUGUAUCUACCAGGCCUAGUCGGCGCGGGCACCGCGUUGCUUGUUGUCGGGUUCUUGUCGUUCUCGUCUUGGAGGAAAGGACAGGGCACUUGAUUUAUUAUUCUGCCAUUAAUUUUUCAUUUCUCUGUAUCAUAUCUGGCAUGUACUCAUGGCCCUGGCAAUAUCCCUGGAAAUUUCUCAAUAUCG